UCAAAAUGACGUUUUAAGUACUGCGCAUGUUGCAGAAAUAAAUAAAAGUUUAAUUUAAAUAACAGUAUAAAAGUGCAUUAAGGCAUUGUAGAAGUAAUACUAAUUUACAAAUUCAAAUACUAAAAUGGUGUCAAAGAAGAAAAAGAAGUAUUCAUCCGGAGAGGGAGCUCAAUUUAUGACUAGAAAAGCUGCCUUAAAGAAACUGCAGCUCUCUCUUAAAGACUUCCGACGAAUUUGCAUUUUGAAAGGAAUAUAUCCCAGGGAACCGCGCAACCGCAAGAGGGCGCAACAAGGCGCAGGUGGCAUCAAAACACUCUAUCACACAAAGGACAUCAAAUUCUUGUUACAUGAGCCUAUAAUAUGGAAGCUGAGAGAUUUAAAAGUGUAUCAACAAAAAAUCCGCAAAGCAAGAGCUAUGCGUCAAUAUGGACAGAUGAGAAAGUUCUUGCGAGACUACCCAGAAAUAAACAUUGACCAUAUUGUGAAAGAGCGGUACCCUACCUUUGUGGAUGCUCUCCGAGACUUGGAUGACUGCCUGACUUUGUGCUUCCUGUUCAGUACAUUCCCGUCACUAAAGAGGGUGCCGAGAGACCAGUCCAUGCUGUGCAGGAGGUUGACCGUGGAGUUCAUGCAUGCAGUCAUUGCUGCGAAGGCCCUGCGGAAAGUGUUUGUGUCAGUCAAGGGAUACUAUUAUCAAGCUGAAAUUGAGGGGCAGACUAUAACUUGGAUUGUGCCACAUCAUUUCUCAUUCCAGCCUCAAAGCAAGGAUGAAGUAGACUUCAAAAUCAUGUCUACCUUUGUUGAAUUCUACACAAUGAUGCUUGGCUUUGUGAACUUCAAGCUGUACCACUCCUUGAAUUUGGUAUAUCCUCCAAAACUGACUGCAGCAUUCUCAUCCAGCGCAGAGAAAGAUCUCAUUGAUGAAAGAGCUUAUGUAGCUGAAAGAAUUGCAGCCAUGAACAUGUCUCUAGCCAGAGUAGCUGGCUCCAAUGAAGCCGAAGAACUACCAGAAAUUGACAUAUUCAACACAGAAGAUGAAGACCCACAGAAGCUGGAAGACGCAAAGCUUGAAGCCGAAAAAGUUAAGAAACUCAAAACCAUGUUCAAAGGCUUAAAGUUUUUCAUCAACAGAGAAGUUCCUAGGGAACCUUUGGUGUUCCUGAUUCGCUGCUUUGGUGGUGAGGUGUCAUGGGACCGCAAUAUGUUUGUUGGGGCUACUUUUGAUGAAACAGACGAGUCAAUAAACUACCAGAUUGUGGACAGACCGAGCAUGGACAAGCAGUUCCUUUCUCGCUACUACAUUCAGCCACAGUGGGUGUUUGACAGUGUCAACGCAAGGACUCUGCUGCCUAUCAACAAGUAUUUGAUGGGAGCUGUGUUGCCACCACAUUUGUCUCCGUUUGUUGACAAGACGAAGGAUCAAGUGUACAUUCCGCCUGAGCAGAGAGCUCUCAAUGAUCCUGAGUUUAAGCCUCUAAAUGAUGAAGCCUCAGAUGAAGAUAUCGAGGAAGCCAGUGACGAAGACAAGGAAGACAUGGAGAAUAACUCAGAUGAAGAGGGUGCCGAAGAAGCAUUAACUCGACAGUACCAAGAGGAAGUGGCUGAAGAGUCUUCUUCUGAGGAGGAAGAGGAAGGUGAUGAGCAGAAUGUAGAGAAGAAGAAGUUAGCAAAGGAGAAGAAAAAGGCAAUGGCAGUCACAGCGGGCGUACCUCACAAGGAUCACCCAUAUCAAAAAGAGAUAGAGGACAAGCAAGCCUUCAGGCUUCGCGAGAAACUCGUCCGUAAGAAGCAUAGGAACCUCUACAAGAGCAUGAAGGCCGGCCAAGAAGCCCGCAAGAAGGAAAUUUGGCUGCUUAGGAAGAAGAGGCGUUUGCAUGAUGAAAAGGUCAAGGAAGACAAGAAAAGUGAGAAGCGGAAACAGAAGAUACAGGCUUUGGAGGCGGCCAUGGCUUAAUAUGUUGGUACACAUAAAAUAAAGUAUUGAGAGGUUA